UUUUUAGUUCUACUAUUUCCCUCUUGAUCGCUCCUGAUUGUAUUCUACCAAGUGUUCCCUCUUCCCGGCUUCCCUCAUGCACUGGUUCUAGAUGCGGUGUAUAUGUAGCGCGAGCCGGCGCCUUACCUCACCCAUGAAGUCUGUGCCUCUACGAGUACAGCUGUAGCUCUGUGGCAGCGUGGAUCCGAUUAUAAUCUGCACGAUCCUGGGAGCCGAAGGCUGCGUCUAGCUUCUUUCAACACAGGGCCGGGGCUGGGGAACAUCAUGACACAUUCAAACUCUCAAGUCCACUGACGACUGCCCUUCGAGUUGUAGAUCAUUUGCUCCAGUUGGCAAGUACCGUAAUUGUAGUUCGUUCAGGUCUGAGGAGGAUAAUACUAGUGUUAUACUCGAACCGGCGUUACAGCAAGGUGGAGGACAUUGCCGCACAGGAACUAACUACAGCUGUAAGCAGCGAAGUGCUCCUGGUGUUGGAGUCAGCCGGAGAUUUUCUCUCCGUGAACGAGAUUCUCGAACGUAUUCAGGAGAAAGAACUAAAGGAUGUCGCGUCAAGCAGCAGAAGCACAUCGCCAUUUGCCAGACUUAGUUCGAUCAUGGCAACCAAUUCGCGCUCACCAUACGAUAUAUUCUCGCGCUGCCCAAACCGCCGCGGAUACUUCUUUCUGAACCCUGACUAUCGGCCUGGAGCGAAACGUGCUCAGAACGCUGGUACUUCUCCUGGUUCUCAAGGCAUUUCUACACCGGCUAGUGCGGCAGCAGCAGCUACUGGCAUGGAUGGCCAAGAUGCACAGCACCGAGCCGCCCUGGUAAUGACCGAGAUGUUUCAACAAGGAAGUCAGCUGCAGCAGCAUGUCUACCAGCACCCAGCGUUGAAUGUAUCCCCGUCAGCUGAUUCUGACUUGCCAGUACUAGCUGGUACUGAUGAUGGUGGUGUUGGCGGUGUAGCAAGUAGUGCACAGUACUCAGCUGAUGUUAGUGCAUCUGGGGGCGCUGCUCUAACACAAGAGCCCGGCACGCCAGAGUCGCGACAGCCCGUUGCACAAGGUGCGGGGACUUCAGGCCUCUACCUCAAGAAACGCAAAAUCGUCACUCCAUCACGUUAUGAACCCGAUGCGGUGCGCCCCACUAGCAGUGGUGGUAGUGCUAGUGGUAAGGUGACGGAGACCCCUCGCAAGCUGACACCAACCUCGUCCAAGGCAGGUAUAUGCGAGGCACUGGAUGUGCCAGUCACUGGCAAGAGUCCCCGCACGUCAGGUAAGAAGGCCCGCCUUGCGCGCACUAGUGGCACUGGCGAACGUCGUCUAAAGGUACCGGCAUCUGUACAGCCGUCUUCUGCUAGUGUAGAUUGUUCAGACAGCGUACCUGCAAUUUCGACAUCUGGUUCUGGCCGCAGCACUGCAUCAGCUCCGCAGCUCCCUACACCAUCUCCUAAACGCAAACGUGGCCGACCACCAGAUUCUCCGAAGCUUGGGCCACCACCGAAAAUUUCUCGUCGAGGUCCCAGUCCCCACAAGCAGGCCGCGGCGACGUUAGCGGCCUUGUCUGGUGACCUGGAAUCACCCGAUUCAAUCUUGAAAGAAUCCAACUUGAAGAAUUUCUUGAACACAGGAAUGUUUGCACAGUUGCCCGAAGCUUAUCAAGGCCAUUUGCUUCGGUUGUUACCGGAUGUUGACCGGGGAUCCAGCACGAUAUCGAAUGAUGCCUUCAACAAUGUCUUCUUGAACAGCGCAUGUCAGUUGUGGAAAGACCAGUUGAAGGAUGGGGACUUUGCGCCAGAAGUUCGGUCGCGUUUGAAGGCAGAGUAUGAGAAACGCUUGCGCCUGGACCCUUGGAAGGCAAAACACUUUGAGCGCUUCUGGGGUGAAAAGAGGCGACGUCACGCUGAGAGUCUUUACGUCUUGCCGCCGUCACUUAGUGCUAUUGUAGCCGAUCUGCCGGAUGUUCCCGAGAAGGACACCCCACCAUCACCGAUAACACCGAAGAGGGAGGCAUCGCCGUCGCCAGCCCAUGUCAGCAAAGCGACUUCACGCUCUGCCCCUGUGGAUGGUCUAAAGUUUCUUGCAGAGGCUGCAAAGGCUGCUGGUGAUCUCAGUCCCAAGAAGUCUAGUGGCAGGUCUAGGAAACGACCAUGUUAUGAUUACAACGAUGACUCUGAGUGGGAGAUGCUAGAGGAGGCAGAUGAUGACGACGAAAAUGAGGACACAACACCAGUGGUACCACAGCGUAAGAAACGUGGUCGGCCACCAGGAUCCAAGUCGAAAAAGCAAGAGGAGAAAAAAGUCAAAGAAAAGGUGAAGGCUGAGAAGACACCUCGUAAGGAAAAGACCCCGAAGGUGAAAACACCAACAUCAGAUCUACAACGACAAGAGCAGCAACAGCAAUCCCGCAUUACAGCAAUAUCUCAGUCGUUCGCACUGCCCAAGUCUAACAUCACGGUGUUGACGUCACGGCCACCACCACCUGCUCCACCACCACCACCUCAUCCUGCGCGCGCCGAGGUUAAUCCUCAGGCAGAGACGAUACGAGACCUCGUUGCCAAGCAUCCCAGGGUAAUGGCUAUAAGUGGUGGUUUGAAUUCCCCCACAUCCCAGCGACAUCUUAAAGCCAAGCUGAUGUGUGAAGAUUUCCGGAGUGCGCGCACUGAGGGACUCAGAGAGUCCAAAGACGCGGACGUUGUAGAUCUUCGCACCUUGCCGUCAUCCCAGCUAGGUAAGACUCCUCCACGCUCCAAAGUGAAGCAUUUAAAGAACCGUUUGGCCCGGAUGCCAAUAUUGCCAUCCAAUGAGGUAUCUAGUGAGGAAGAUGACGGUGAACAGUUUCCCAUCAAGUCCUCUGGCUUUGAUCAUGCUUAUGCCAAGAAGACCGAAGGGCACAGCAAAAUAUCUAUGAUGUACAUCACUAGUACGGAUAAAUCUACGGCAUUUCAGCAUGCGUAUUGUGUGCCGACACCUGAAGCAGGAGCAGCAGCAGACUCCGUACCAUCAACAGCAGCGCAGGUAACACAGCCGCCGCCGCCAUCUUUAACACUUCCCAUGUCACCAGGGGCCAAUAUGUGCGCUCCAUCGCGUAACCAUGUCGGCCACACGCAGCUAGGUGAUGCUCCUGCGUGCGUAGACUCGGCUGGUUUGCUUGCAGGCUUACGUCUUAUCCAGGGUGUAGGCGUCUUUGAAGAAGCAAGUUGCAUUGAAACAUUCCUGUGUACAGGUGAUAUUGCAACUCCAUCUCCUCCACCAAUGCCUGUCAUCCCUACCUGUACUGUUGGUGCUUGCUCCGUUGCAAGUAGUACUAGUGCACCAAGAUCUGUUGCUGCUGCUCCCACUGCUCCACCUCCUGCUGCUGCUAGUCAUACACUGGUCGCUGCAAAAGAAGCUGUUGUUUACGCAACUAUUGCCGGUCCAGCCGUAGCAGAGGGCACUCCUGUUCCACUCACAUCAGCUGACCUUCUAGCUGUUUCACAGUCGCGUACGUCUGGCAAUUGCACAUCGAUCAGUAAAACUAGCGGUGGCGGUGCUACUAGUACUACUAAUACUGGACUCGAGGCAGUAUCACAAGCUAUGAACCGUAUGUUCAAGGCUGCAGCUGCUGCUGCGGCUGCAGGACAUCCAGUUUUGACACCUCCAGCCGUCUCCCAGGUACCUGACCUGGCUGCGGCUUACACAGCCUCAGUGCUGGCUGCCCCAAAUGCGAGGAAUAAUAGUGCACAGCAAUCGCCAUCAUCUGCACCGGCAUCAGCGAUGGGUGCGGGCAACACAGGCUUGUUCUCUCCUCGCGGUCAACAGUUUGUGUUUCCUUCUCCAUUGGCAUCGGUUACGGCGGCGACAGCAGUAGCAGUGUCACCUCUUUCUGCUGCUGUUAGUACUGGUUCAGGGCGAGUACCUUCAGCGUCAGUGUCAGCAGCGGCGUCGCCAUCAUCUGCUGGACAGCAUUUACCGGUUGCUGGGCCACUUCCGAUGAGUUUAGUUCAUCCUACAUCCGUGUCUUCAUCAGCGCUGGCUGGCUCUGCCUUGUCUAGUUCAAUACAUCAACAACUGGGCCUAGGUUUAUUUGACAAUUCUAGCACUCUGCCACCGCCGCUUUCCAACAGGGCACUGCUGCCAGCAGCAGCAGCUGCGCAAUCCAAUCACCUUUCAUCAAACUCAGCAGCGGUGGCUGCGGCACUCAGUGCAGUAACAUCAGCAGGAGCUGCCCAACAGUCAAGGAAUGGUGUAUCACGCAUGCAUACUGGCAACAUUGCUGGAAUCCAAACCUCGUCUCCUAGGCUACCGCAAGUCAGGUUGCAAACACCUCCAGGAGCAUCAGCAAUAGCAACAAAUACAGCGGCAAUGAGAGUAGCUGCUACGAUUGGUGGAAUCGGCAAUGAAGACAUUGCAGCACUUCGGCGUCCAGUUCUGCCUGCACGAGCCCUGGUAUCGUCACAGCAGCAACAGCGCCAGCAGCAGCAGCAACAACAACAACAACAACGACUGCAGCAGCAGCAUGUGCAUGUGCAACAAACUCUUGACUCACUAGCUGGACUGGUAUCACGUGUUCCCACUCUCCCAGCGUAUGCUUCUGCUGCUGCUGGUGGCAGUGCGAUUGGAAUUGCUCCAGCUGGUGUCGCGGUAUCAAGCUCGGUAGUCGGAGCAACUGGCUUGAGAGUGUCCUCUAGCAAUAUGACCCAUUCUGCUGCCACUGUGCCAGGCAGUGCACACAGUAUGAAGAGCAUGACAGGUGCUGCCACAAUAUCAGGUUUACCUCAUCCUGCUGCGCCUGUUCCUGCUGCAGGUUUACCUCAUCCUGCUGCGCCUGUUCCUUCUGCAGGUUUACCUCAUCCUGGUGCGCCUGUUCCUGCUGCAGGUUUACCCCAUCCUGCUGCGCCUGUUCCUGCUGCUGCUGUAGCAGGGCCAGGAGCGUCACCCAGCACGGCUAGUAUUGCACAGCAGCAGCAAGCAUUGGCUCGAGCAGCAGCAGGCCUAAUGCCUAGUAGCAUAACACACGCCAGUAUGGUUGCGCCAUCAUGCUCUGCUACCAGUGGCGUUAUGUCACAUGCAUUACCAACUGCCAGUGCGCAUUCUGUACUUGCCAGUGGACAGCAUGCUAGUAUUGGACAGAUUGGCUUUACGCAUGCUAGUUCUGCGGCUGUUUCUCCCGAUCAAGCCGCCUUGUCUCUGCAACUUGAUCUUGGUCCUCAGGUGAAUGCAACGCUGUCUCCUCAGUUGGGUCCUGGCCAUAGCCCUGUAAACAUUGCCGCCGCUGCUGCCCAUGCUGCCCAUGCUGCAGUCACACAGGGCAAUGUUGUGAGAGACAGUGGGCAUUUGUUUAACCACUCCUCCACGUUACAUUCACCUGCCUCUCCUUCCGCUUUUCCAAGUUCAAAUUUCCCUCCCUUGUGAGUGCACUUGUGAGAGCACCAUUCACCAUAGCUGAGCGUUGCUGAGCAUUGCUGAGCUAUCAAUCUCUAAUAGUGGAGGUUUUUACUCGCCCCAUCCCCACACACACCACACACACACACACACACACACACACACACACACACACACACACACACACACACACACACACACACAAACACCUCCUCUGCUAUGAACUAUCAGCAUCUGGAUAUUCAGGUAUUGUCCCGAUAUGCAUAGAUUCUUGCUAGGUCUUGUCUUGCUUUCAUGGAUCUUAUGGCACACUCAUCUCUCAAUUUACCCAUGCUGUUGAUCACUCAUCUCGCAACUUACCCAUGCUGUUAUCAACCUUGUUGCCUUUUUUUCUAGAAUUUACUCACUGCAUGUGUGCGCAUGUACUGCGUUUGCAUCGGUAUUUUGGUGAAUAUUUUAUUGUCGGAAAGAAAAGAUCUCCGCCUCUCUACCUUUGGUUUCUUUGUCCAGAUAGCUACAUCGCUCAUCCCUAAUGUCUUGCUAUAUCUUCUCUUUUAUGCUUCUUUUUUUUUAAAUCCAGCUAUAUGGUUUAUGAUGCGUGUAGUUUAGUUCAUGUAGGCUUGUAGCAGAGUUGUCUUCAGAUGUGCUCGGUAUUUUCAAGUAUUAGUUCCUGCAGACAGUGUUAUGCUACAUGUUGAUGGCUGCUGCUACUCAUAUCCAGUACUUCUAACUACUGUGUCAUACUGUAUCAUGUGCUGCUAUCAAUACCCGGCAGCGUGAAUUGA